AUGUUUGUAGCAGUCCAUUCGUUGGUUAAUUUCUUCUUCAAUAAUCGUGGUUUCAAAGAAAACAAAGAAGGCAUUAAUGCCUUAAGCCAUGAAAUGAAUGACUUGAACGAUACCGUAAAACGGAACUCCAAAGAAAUGCAUACAGUUAAUAAUGAGUUGAGAGAACAAUUCAAUACAAUGGGAAGUAGUCUUAAAGGAACUUACGCUGAAGUAGGUAAUAUGUCUGAUUCACUUGAUAAUAUGUGGUUCAUGAUAAGGAAAUUGAAAGACUGGAUUGAUAGCAUUAAAGACAAUUCAUCCUCUACAAAUUCAUUGCAGAAUAUGUCUCCUAGCACCAUCUUGAAACUUGACUCAUCAAUAACUGAUAUAACCUCUCCCAACGUCAUUUCUUUAAAUAAUGGUUUCUCAGAUGGCAAAUUUUUGAAGCCGCCACUAAAAAACAAAUCACCACUAAUGAAAGCUAAAGAGGAAAAUAAGUCUACAAUCACUGCAUCUGUUGGUGGUAAAGUCUUUGAUUUGAAAACUCUUGAAGGUAAAAAGAAAUGGUAUGAUUUUGCCAAUAAAAGUGCAAAGAAAAUUUCUAAUGAGAAAGUUGGAUCAAAUUUGUGUGAGAGGGUUAAUAAGAUUGACAACAAAACAGAAUCUCAAGAAAUUAACCAGGAUAAUAACCACGCUAAGAAAACCAUUACACUUACGUUAGAUCAAGUCAGAAAGAUUCCUACUGUGGAUAAAAACGGUAAGCCAUUCCGUAGAAUUUUUGUUCCUGGUUUCGGUUGGGUAUCGUCGAAGAAAUUACAAGCUGACCCACAUAGCUUUGUGACCAAUAAAGAAAAUAUCUCUCAGUAA